ACACGAAACGUCUAUUUAUGUACGCAACGGCCUACUGGAUUGUAAGAGAAACUUACUACGGUACUUUGAGAAACAUCUUAUGAUCACAGGUGCUUACAACAGAAGGUGUAAUCACCAUAACGACUAACAUGGCAUUGAUUGACUUUAUUACAUUAUUGUCAGUGCUUUUUGUAUCAGGAGUGAAUGGAGUUGAUCUGGAGAUAACAUCCUUUGUUUCCAACCCUGAAAGUCCAGUAACAGACAAAGAAGGGACUGCAGAAAAUGUGACACUGCAAUGUCAAGUCAAUCUACCAUCAACUUAUCUUACGUCAGUCACCAUUUCUGAUCCUAAUGGAGUAAUGACAAAUGUUACAACCACAACAACGCCACCAUCUCCGGCCUUGUAUGAAAUCACUUUAAGUGAUGUGCACCCCUCACAUUCAGGGACAUACACCUGUACAGCUUCGGCCUCAACUGGGUCAGUACCAACAACCAGUCAAACAUAUCAGCUGAAUGUUGAUAUCGAUGAAUGUGAUUCAUCAACUUGUGGUUCUAAUUGUGACACCUGUCAUACCGAUGCCACCUGCACCAAUACAAUUGGUAGUUACACCUGUGCAUGUAAUGCUGGCUACUCUGGAAAUGGAGUCACUUGUCAAGAUAUCGAUGAAUGUGAUCCAUCCUGUAGUACUAAUUGUGACACCUGUCAUACCGAUGCUACCUGCACCAAUACAAUUGGCAGUUACACCUGUGCAUGUAAUGCUGGCUACUCUGGAAAUGGAGUCACUUGUCAAG